UUGCAGCCGAUCUUCUUUCACCACUGAGCAUCGCCAUGAUGCGCGGCCGCAUGGUGGGAGUUGUGCUCGCGAGCCUUCUGGUCUGUUGCCUCGUAGUGUUGUACAUUGCGACGUUCAUCUCGUCAGUGUCACCUACACCUUCACCAUCACCGACGCCAACGGUGCCCUCCAUGGCGUUCCACGUUGUUCAGUACAACAUCUUUGGUCGCCCGUACGCAGUGUCGAAGGACGGACAGGAUGAGCGAUUGCACCACAUCCCGGCGUCCAUCAUUCACAACGUGUGUCCCAUGGCCACGUGUGGAGGAGUUGACGUGGUGACAUUUGCCGAAGCUGACAUCGAUUCCGAGCGUGCGCACAUGCUUGCUGCAUUUAACGACCUUGAUUUUCGCCACCACACAACAGUCAUCAGCGAUACAGAUCCGUUCACCAGUUUAAUCAACGGUGGAGUUCUCAUCGUGUCCAAGUGGCCCAUACUUCGCGAAGCGCAGCACAUCUACCGCAAUGCAUGCCACUACUCGGACUGCCUCGCCGCCAAAGGCGUCAAAUACGCUCGAAUCAACAAGACCGUCGGAAACACGUCCAAGGCGUUCAAUGUGUUUGCUACUCACAUGCAGGCCUGGUCGACACCGCUGGGCCGCGCCGACCGUGUCAAGCAGGCGUCCCAGUUUCACGAGUUUGUCGAGGCGCUGGAGAUUCCUCACACCGAGCCGCUCAUUUUCGCCGGAGAUUUCAACGUGGACAACCAUUCGUUUGCCGACGAAGUCUCGCACCUCAUCCAGUUGCUCCAUGCCACUGCGCCCGCACUUGUCGGGGCCCAACAGUACACGAGCGACCCACGAACCAACUUGUUGGUCGGGCGAGAUGGCGCAGCGGCAGCCGAAGGAUGCGUCCAGCAGUACAUUGACAGCUGGGGGCCGCUUCAUAACCACACGUACAUGCCAUCGCACCUCACUCGCGUUCCUUGUCACAAUCUGGCCGCCUCCGCCGCGCACAGCCGCUUGUCGCCUCCACUUCUUGAGGUCACGCCUGCGUCUGCCAGCGCUGCCACAGCAGCAUCGUCGACUUCGUCGACAACCGUCUACCUUUCAGAAUCUAGCUUGUGCUAUUGUCCGUGUUGUCCAUUAGAGUGGCUCGAUUACGUUCUUUACGCCCAAGCUCCGUAUGAACAACCGGUGGUGCCACCGUCCGUGGAAGCUGUCGUGCUUCAGACUCCGCCUGCACAAUCUCUGGCCGUCGAGUGGAGCUCGCCCCACGAGAAGGGCACGUCGCUUCUGCUUCGAGACUACUCGGACCACUACCCAGUCCUUGGCAAGUUUGAGUUCCCCAUCCAUGAUUCUCAACCCGUUUUCCACCUCGACGGGUGCUCCACCGACGACGACUGUCAUUUCCAUUCGUUUCGAUGCUACUGCGAAGGCGCCGGGUGCUUUUUCCAUGGCCGCCACACGUCUGGCAGCGAUCUACCAUCCACCCAUCCCGUGAACAAGAACUGUUUGAUGCUGAAAACCCGACUCGAAUGUGUGUGUGGGCCGACGUAAUGCGAUCCUAAGAACAAAGAAGUGCUCUCUCCAGUACAUAAUGCGUCGAGAGGAUGGCAAGUUGCGCGGGGCCACCACGUAGCUCGCUAGCGAAGAAGGCCAGAGCAUUGUUGACAACAAACGCUCGCGCACUGUCUCCGCCUUCCGUUGAGCGCGACCACGUCGUGUCCGCGCCUGGAAGGUGUUGCUGGCAUCACGAGCCAUCAAGACAGCGCAACUCGCACCACUGCGAAGCUAAAGUCGAUCGAGAGGGGUGGAUGGCACGAAUCUAUAAG